AUGGCUACUGACUCUACUACACGAACCCUUCAGGUCUUUGGCCUAACCUCAAGCCUUCUUCUCGCCGGUGUCAACCUCGGCUCCUCCCACCUCACAGUCCCUCUACUCUACCCCCAGCCCAACGCCGUCAGCACACCCUUCUUCAAAGACUUCUACACCCGCGGGGCUCUAACACUUGUGCCUCUUGCAAUCUUCUCAGGUGCAUCAUCAGGAAUAGUCGCCUAUCUGGUGCCUGCUCAACGAACUCUCUGGAUCGUUGCCGCUGCGGCUACAAUGUCUCAGCUGCCCUGGACCGGGCUUGUGAUGAUGCCUACGAAUAAUCGACUUAACGACAUCGGUGUUAGUAGUGUUGAGCAGGAGAAGGCGAGUCAGGACGAAGUAGUGGGUUUGUUGAAGAAAUGGCGAUGGAUGAACAUUGUCAGGGGGCUUUUGGCAUUAACCGGAGGCUUGUCUGCUGUUCUGGCCCUUCAGAGUGAGUGA